CGAGUGAAGGCCAGCACCGCGUGGAGGCACGUGCUCAACCCCUCCCGCGCAGUCGCAGUUCCAAUGUGAUUGAAGUCUUGACGAUGGGCUGGCGUUGCUGAGGAGAUGGGUAGUUAAAGGAGUCCUUUUGCAGUUGGGAAACUGAAACCAAACAUCACAGAGGAUCUAAUGGAUUCACCCAGUAUAUUGUAACCCGAAUAUCACUGGCUUCAGGCAUGGAAGAAAAAAGCAGCGUUCCCACUGGGGAGAAACCGUACAUGUGUUCCGUGUGUGAACGAGGCUUCAGCCGACCAUCUGACCUGUCGCGGCACAAGUGUGGUCAGACUGGCAUCAAAUGGUGGAAAUGUGGGAACUGCGGGAAAGGAUUUGAUUACCCAUCCCAGCUGAAAAGGCACCAGCGCAGUCACAACGGGGAGAAGCCGUGGAAAUGCACAGACUGUGGGAAGGGAUUCAAUUACCCGUCCGAGCUGGAGAUUCACUGGCGUACUCACACUGGAGAGAAACUGUUUACCUGCUCCCAGUGUGGGAAACGAUUGGCUCACUUACACAGUCUGCUGAUACACCAGCGCGUUCACACUGGGGAGAGACCGUUCAGCUGCUCUGAGUGUGGGAAGGGAUUCACUACCUCAUCCCACCUGUUGACACACCAGCGGGUUCACACUGGGGAGACACCUUUUAAAUGCCCGGAUUGUGAUAAGUGCUAUAAAAGUUCCGGGGAACUGAUGUCCCAUCAACGUGUUCACACUGAUGAGAGACCAUUCAAGUGCUCCCACUGUGGGACAGGGUUCAAGCACUCGUCUCAACGCACUGUACACCAGCGAAUUCACACCGGGGAGAGGCCGUUCACCUGCUCUGAGUGUGGGAAGGGAUUCACUCAGUCAUCUGACCUGUUGAAACACCAGCGGGUUCACACCGAUGAGAAACCUUUUAAGUGUCCAGACUGUGGGAAGUGUUUUAAAAGUCCUGGGGACCUGAUGUCCCAUCAACGUGUUCACACUGAUGAGAGACCGUUCAAGUGCUCUCAGUGUGGGACUGGGUUCAGGCGGUCAUCUGACCUUAUCGUACACCAGCGGGUUCACACUGGAGAGAGGCCGUUUACCUGCUCCGAGUGUGGGAAAGGAUUCGCUCAGUCAUCCCACCUGCUGAUACACCAGCGAGUUCACACUGACAAAAGGCCUUUUCAGUGUCCAGAGUGCAGCAAGUGCUUUAAAAGUUCUGGGGAACUGAUGACCCAUCAACGUGUUCACACUGACAACAGACCUUUUAAAUGCCCAGACUGUGGGAAAUGCUUUAAAAGUUCUGGGGAACUGAUGUCCCAUCAACGUAUCCACACUGACGAGAGACCGUUCAGGUGCUCUCACUGUGCGACUGGGUUCAGACGAUCAUCUGACCUCCACGAACACCAGCGGGUUCACACUGGGGAAAUGACUGUUCACCUGCUCUGUAUGAAGUGAUUCACUCAGUCAUUCCACCUGCUGAGAUGAGUUCACGAAUAACUACAGUUAGUCACAUUGAGGACUGAACCAUGUCCAUUGCGGUGUUUCUGUUGACCUUAAUAACCUUAUAGAUAUGAACAUUCUGUAUAAAAGUCAAUAAAUCAGC